GUGGAUCUCCUCCCGUGGUCCCAGCUUUGGGCACGGCUCUCCGAGCCAGCCACGGCUUGUGACCGCGGAGAAGCAGAAGCCCUUCUGGCUUGUGGAACUCAAGGAUCGCAUUUGGCCGGAGAUCUCUCGGUAUAUGGGUCAGGAGAUCGUCGGGAACUUCCAGGCCGCCGGUGCUCCGAAUCGGGAGAACAUCCUCCAGGACAUGGUCCAGAAGCUGGAAGCGAAGCCUCUGCAGCUGCCCAUCGAGUCCAGCUGGACGAACUUCUUGAUGAAUCUGGUCUGGCCAGUUAUUGGCCCAGAGUUCUCCGCUGCCAUGAAGGACAUUAUCGCUCCAAAGCUUCACAACAAGUUGUCCUUCCUCGCGCCGAUUACUGUGGAGGUAGACCUGGGAACGGUGCCCCCUGAGUUCGGCGAGGUGGAAGUUCUCGAGGACACAGAGAUGGGCUCCUUCAUGGACUUGAAGCUGCACCUACACUGGCACGCAAAGCCCAAGAUUGUGGUGACUUGCAAACUGGGCACCGUCGAGCUUACAACCAUGCAGCUCGGUGAGAUCUCGGGGUUUCGGAGGCUUUUUGUAGGCACCUGA